AUGCUCAACAACCACAAUCUCAUCCCGUACCGGGAGACAAUGGGAUUUAGACCACGGAUGGAGCUGGGCUCAGUUGUGCAGCUCGUAGCAUCCGCUGUAAAUACUAGCCAGAUUCCGGCUUGCGUGUCAUGUGUCACCGCGAGAUGCGACAUCAGAAAUGCGACUUGUAUAUGCCAGAACGACGGCUACAGUUCUGAGAUGGAUGCGUGCAUGUUCCGGUCAUGUCGAAUGUCGGAUGCCCUAUGUGCGUUACCACCAGCUCUGCUCAGCAGAACAAUCCGCAACGGCUGA